GGGGAGGCGUGUUACUUCUUUGUGGUUGCGAUCGCCUCGAGGAUCAAAGAAGAGAUCGGCUCGAGAGAAGGCAAGGCAGGAGAUCACCGAUGCCUCCGUGUCCAUGAGGGUCUCGCCCCCGCGAGUCGCCCGUGGGAAAGGCGGGGCGGGCGGCGCUGGGCAGCGGUGGGUGCCUGCAGUGCCGGGAGGAGGCUGCGGGCGCCGCUGUUGACCGAGGAGGAGCGAGAGGAAGGCCGGGGCGCUGCAGGCAGCCCCGCCCGCCGCGGCCCGGCUCGCUGGCUGGCUGGCUCGGCGGCCGGGCGGUCUGCGAGCGUCCCCGCGGCGCGGAGCCGUGCUGCAGCGGGGCGGCGGGGCCGGGAGCGGCGAACCGAAGCCGGAGCCGGAGCCGGAGCUGGAGCGGGAUCGGCGGGCGGUGCGGCGGCAGUGCGGCGGCGGCGGCGAUGUGCGCGGCGGGGAGGCGGCGGGGCCGGUGGGAGCGAGCCCUGCUGUGGUGCGUGCUGGCGGCGGCGUGGGAGGCGGCGUGGGGGCAGCUGCGCUACUCGGUUCCCGAGGAGGUGCCGAAGGGCUCGUUCGUGGGCGACGUGGGCAAGGACCUGGGGCUGGAGCUGCCGGCGCUCCGACACCGCGGCGUCCGCAUCCUGGACAGAGGUAGGACGCAGUAUUUCGCUCUGCACGGGAAGACGGGACAUUUAGUGACGGCGGAGAGGAUAGACAGAGAGCAGCUGUGCCGGCUGGUGGAGAAAUGCAUUCUGCGCUGUGAGGUGAUAGCGGAGGGGGAAAUGCAAUUUUACGGAAUUGAAGUGGAGAUCACGGACAUAAACGACAACGCGCCCAGCUUCCGAGAGGCAGAAACGGAGCUGCGACUGAGCGAGACGACAGCCCCGGGGUCGCGGUUUCCCCUGCGAGACGCGCAGGAUCCGGACGCGGGACCGAAUGGCGUGCAGAGGUACGAGCUGAGCGGCGACGAGCACUUUUCGCUGGCCGUGCAGGCGGGCCCCGGCGGGGAUGAGCGUCCCGAGCUGGUGCUGGCGAAGGCGCUGGACCGGGAGGCGGCGGCGUUUCACGAGCUGGUGCUGAGGGCGAGCGACGGCGGAGAGCCGGCGCGGACGGGCACGGCGCGGAUCCGCGUGGCGGUGCUGGACGCGAACGACAACGCGCCCGCCUUCAGCCAGGCGGAGUACACGGUGCGCGUGCCGGAAGACGUGCCCGUGGGCUCCGCCCUCGUCACCCUCACGGCCACCGAUGCCGACGAGGGGACGAACGGGCACGUGAAAUACAGUUUUCAUAAAGCUUCAGACCAAGCAUCCGAAAUUUUUCACCUGGACUCUGAGACAGGAGAAAUAUCCGUUAAGGACAGUCUGGACUUUGAGGAAAUCUCCUCACAUGAAUUGGAGGUUGAGGCACGAGACGGAGGAGAGCUUUCGGACACGGCGAAAGUCGUGAUCACGGUGACAGACGUGAACGACAACGCGCCCGAACUGACAGUGUUGUCAGCGCUGCGCGAGAUCUCUGAGGACGCGCCGUCGGGGACGGUGGUGGCCCUGGUGCACGUGCAGGACCGGGACUCGGGGCCGAACGGGGAGGUGCGGUGCUCGGUGGACGGGGGCGUCCCGUUCCGCCUGGAGAGAUCGUUUGAUAAUUACUACGGCGUGGUGACGGCGAGAGAGCUGGACCGCGAGGAGGUGUCGGAGUACAACGUGACGGUGCGGGCGGCGGACGGCGGGUCGCCGGCGCUGUGGAGCAGCGCAGUGCUGGCGCUGCGGGUGCUGGACGUGAACGACAACGCGCCGGUGUUCGCGGAGGCGCGCUACAGCGCCCGGCUGCCCGAGAACAACGCGGCGGGCGCGCUGGUGCUGACGGUGCGGGCGACGGACGCGGACUGGGGGCAGAACGCGCGCGUGCGGUACCGGCUGUCGGAGGGGCGGGUGCGGGGCGCGCCGCUGUCGUCGUACGUGUCGGUGCAGGCGGAGACGGGCGCGCUGUACGCGCUGCGCCCGUUCGACUACGAGGAGGUGCGCGAGGUGGGGCUGUGGGUGCGGGCGGAGGACGGCGGCGCGCCGCCGCUGAGCAGCAACGUGUCGGUGCGGCUCGUGAUCGUGGACGAGAACGACAACGCGCCGCAGGUGCUGUACCCGCCGGCGGCGGCGGCGCCGGGCGCGGGCUGGGCGGGCGUGGAGCUGGCGCCGCGCUCGGCCGAGCCCGGGGCGCUGGUGGCCAAGGUGGUGGCGGUGGACGCGGACGCGGGGCAGAACGCGUGGCUGUCGUACGAGCUGGCCAAGGCGACGGAGCCGGGGCUGUUCCGCGUGGGGCUGCACAGCGGCGAGGUGCGGACGGCGCGCUUCCCGCUGGCCCGCGACGCGGCGCGGCAGAGCCUGGUGGUGGUGGUGAAGGACCACGGGCGGCCGGCACUGUCGGCCACGGCCACGCUGACGGUGGUGCUGGCCGAGAGCGUGGCCGAGCUGCUGUCGGAGCUGGGCAGCGCGGCGGCGGCGGCGGAGGCGGCGGGGGAGCCGGCCGGCAGCCUGACGCGGUGGCUGGUGGUGGCCGUGGCGGCCGUGUCCUGCCUCUUCCUCGCCUUCCUGCUGCUGCUGCUGGCGCUGCGCCUGCGGCGCUGGCGCCGCUCGCAGCUGCUGGCGGCGGGCAGCGGCGCCUUGCGCGGCGUGCCGGCCUCGCACUUCGUGGGCAUCGACGGCGUCCGCGCCUUCCUGCACUCCUACUCGCACGAGGUGUCGCUCACCGCCGACUCGCGCAAGAGCCAGCUCCGCUUGUCGGGCGGCAGCUGCUGCGACACCCUCCCGGCCCGGCCGCCGCCCGACGAGCCCGCGCCGCUGCUCGGGGAGGACGCUGCCGGCGCCCGCCUCGCGGACCCCGUCCCUGCCCCGGUGAGUUCCUAUAGCGAGACUUUCCUGCCUUUCCUUUCUUGGUAG